AUGAUUUGGGUUAGUUUAGUGUUGUUUGUUCUUUUAGGCCAAACAGUUCGGUCUUUUAGCACUUCUGAUAGUGAUAAUCUAUUUGAAAAUGGUAAGCCUGGGUACUUAAAGAGCAUGGCCGCAAACCAGUAUCUCGGCAAGGUCACAGUUUUAGAGAGUGGUCGGCGCUACUAUUUGGUUGGGUUAGUAAAAGCCCCGCCUAGGGCUCUCCAAAUCUACAUUUAUCGCCAGAGCACCCACGGCCUUCCCUACAAUCUAAUCCUUAUAAAACCUACCGCCACUAGUGAUGGUAAUGCAAGUGCACUUGAUUCUAACGAAAAGCAAAACACCAUGACCUCUCGAGAUGUUUUUGCCCUCAACCUUGUUCAAUUCAAGACCAAGUUCAGGUAUAUCUUUUCUGCACUAGAUACCAUUAACAACAACUACCAAUUUUCAUUCUCUCCAGUCAUUGAUCCGAUAAACCACGCCUUCCAAAUAUACACUAACGGCUCAUGUCUCACGAUCACCAACAACAGACUUCUCUCCCUCGAACCGUGUAUUGAUUCCGAUCGCCCAGGCCGAACCAAACAGCUAUUCCAAUGGGUAAACGCAGUGGCUAGUUCAGCUCAAUAA